AUUUGGUGUGGUACUAUGAAUGAUAAAGAAGCGGUAAGGAAAUUGCGAACAUCAGAACAUUCACCGGGAUCGAUCAGAGUAAAAGGACCGCUAUCGAAUUCGGAAGAUUUUGCAAAAGCAUAUAAUUGUCCAUUGGGAAGUCCAAUGAAUCCUCAACAUAAAUGUCGAGUAUGGUAGGAAUAGAUGAAUGAAAUGUUUGAAGUGAUCGAAUUGAAUUGAAUUGAAUUGAAUCGGAAUUUUUGGAUGGAAAUUAUUCACCCGAAGCU